AUGAACCAGAAAGAAGGGAUGAGCUCCUCCGGAGACAGCACAGACAUCUCGAGGAAAAGCAGCCGGGACACAGCAGCACACCGCCGGAGGUCCAGCAGCCAAGAAUCGAUAUCGGAUUAUGAAGAGUUCAAUCUCCAAGAAACGCAUCACCAUCCAGAAGAAGAGGUCACGGUCCGCAAGACAUUCCGUGUUUUGGCGAAGAAAGUGGUUUUGAUGUGCCGGGUCUGCAUGCAUCUACGCGUGGCGUCGAAAGCCUUCAUGGAGGUCUGGGCGACGUUGACAAAGUAUGCCAGCAAGCAGCAAACGGAAGAGGAACAGAGAGAAAGCAGCAAAGCAGCUUUUGAUGUCCAGUACUUCAAGACACAACACAAUAGAUUUCCUAUCAGAGCGAUUCAGGUCGCCAUGAAGGUACCUGAGAAGCGGUCGAUGGAAGAUUUGGAGCUGGUCUUGUCUUCUCUCCGGUCUCUGUUGAGCAUCAGACACUACAGCAAGUCCUACCAGCUCAUGCUGGCAAAAAUAAUGCGAUACGAACGAUUCAGGAGGAGGAGGGUGAUCAUGAAGAAAGGGCAGAACGCACACAGCUUCUACUUCAUAUACUCGGGGGGGGUCAGCUUCACCACUGAUGAAGAUGGAAGCAGUGCGUUCGAGGAAGAGCAUCAAGCGGACUUGCGAAAGGGCGCCAGGUUUGGAGAAAUACCAGUGUUAAAGGGCCUGCGAAGAAAUUUCACGGCUGUCUGUGUGGACGACACUGAGCUCCUGGUAGUGGACAAAGAGGACUUCUUUGAAAACAGACUUGAUCAGGUGCUUGUGGAAGAAUCUCAUCAUCGCUUUAUAUUUUUCAGAUCACUAAGCCUCCUGGACUCGUUGCCUGACAGCUCCAUUGAGAUUCUUUCCGAUUACUCAACCACAGAGGAGUUCCUGUACGGCCAGGUUAUUCCCAAUAACAUGGACCACCUCAUCUUCGUCACCAAGGGCCGAUUUGUCGUUCUGCGAUUGGUGGAUCUCACCCAGUGCCCGUCCUAUCACAGGUUCAUUGUUCACGAGUUGCCCUUCUUGAAAAGCACCAUUCACAAAACGGAAUCAGGCGUUGACAGACGAUUUCUCAACCUGACGGUCAGAACUGGAUCGAUGCACAGGGGCUUGGAUCGCAGUUCCAAAAGCUUGCUCAGGAUACCCAGCGUCUCUUCGGCCCAAAUCCGUCAACAAGGGGCCUCCACGGGUAUGAAAGACCUGAGUGCCUCGAACUCAACCAUCUCUGUGACAGCUGUCACACCGAUCCCUUCCAAAACACAACAGCAAGUGAAGACAAAGAGUGAAUCACAGAAACAGCUCAAAUCGGACAGUGCCAUCAGUACAUCAACGUUGGAAGACAGUUCACACAUGCUGGGGAAAACAUCAAGAAAACAAAUGAUUCCCAGAGCCCUGGCCGUUGCUGUUUACAUGAAGAUAGAUUCAGUUCUGCCAGGAGAAGUAUUUGGGCUGCGGCAGUACUUUGUGGCCAAUAACCUCAAGGAUAGGAGAAACUUCACCAUCAAGAGCCAAGGCACAAAGAUUGUUCGGAUCAACAUGCGGACCUUCGCUGAACUGACGGACCACCAAACACUGCAAAAAGUGAGGAAGCUGACGUCUGUCUAUCCAAGCGAUGAUGAACUCUGUGACCGCUUUAUCAAAAAUAAUUACUGGAAAAUCUUUAAAAAGAAUAUGAUCGCCAAACUCACCUCCAAGCCUCAACGUUUUUCCCUGUCUGGCCAUUUAGUGGAGUCCGGCCGAGGUGAGGACUUGUACGAGAUUGACAAGACUGGCAUCCUGAACCUUCCAGAAAUCGCCAGCAAUCGAAAUAUCCUUUUCUCAAAGCCAUCCUAUUACGUUGCCCCCGUAAUCAGAACAAGGGAAGAAGGUAGCACCCCAGUGCCAAAGCUGGACCUCCAACUCAUUCAUGGAAUCGCCAAAUUUCCGCCCAGUACAGCUAAUCUGCUGUACUGAGCACACCAAGCCUUUCCUCUCCACUCUGUGCUGCCCUUUAAGUGUCAAACAUCUGACACCCUAAAAGAUUUCCAACCAUUUGAUUUAAGUUUCUAUUCCCUCACUGCAACCGUUUCCGCAGGUUAUCGUCCGGUCAGUUGCCCUGUUCUUUUUCUUCUU